AUGUUAAGCCAACCGUACUCGAAACCGUCAUUCGCAUAUCAUCUCCCCCGAAGGCGCUUCACCCGCUACUUCACCCUCGCCAUCUCCGGCAUCUUACUAGUGUUCUUCCUGUAUCUCGUUCGGUCGAGUUGGAGCGGCGAGAGCGCGUUAAGAAGAGGGUUGAAGAAGCCUCCACCCCCACCACCGGCAUGGGAGCAGUUUCCUUUCCUCAAGCGCUAUCAUGGCGGCAUACGGACGCUGGUGGGGCGGUCGAACAAUAAGCCCGAGUACCCGGCAGGCAGCGACGAGGAGGAGCUGAAGAUUCUAGUAGAUGCGGCGAUGGCGCAGAAGCAGCAGGAGGACCGGUUGGGUCCGCAGGAGGGUGGGUUUCACAAGCGGCAAGAGGAGAGUGGCAGCCGCAGCUUCGCCAGUAGGAGUGAGAGGUUCGUGCCCAAGGCUCGGUUUGGAGAAGAGUACGAGCCGGCGGUCAAGUGCUACCUAGACAACAACACGCGCUUGGAGGUGCCACAGUUGUUGUCGUAUAAGGGAGUUCCGCAAGGCUUUCCGGAACCUGUGAUGGGCUCGUAUGAUUUGCUCGGUCUUCGGAACGAUGUCUGCUUUGAGCGGUACGGCAGACUAGGACCGUAUGGCUUCGGUUAUAGCAGGAAAUACGGUGGCAGCGGCGCUGGUACGGAAGGUGAGAAGGAAGGCAGUGAGAAGGUCUGGGAAGAUUGGCUGGAAAUCGACUACCGCGAGGUUCACUGGGCUCAAGCGCAAGAUAACUGCAUCGCGGCUAAUGCGCAUCGUUUCGAGCCUCUACCGACAAGAAAGCGGAACAACUUCUUUACCGUUAUGGCAUCUGGUGGGCCAGCAUUCGAUCUUCCCACGCCACAAAACAACCUGAGCAAAUUUCCAUCACAAGUCAAAAAGCGCCUCCCUCGCACCGCAGUCAUAAUUCGCACAUGGCACGACUACCCCUACGACGCAGAAGACCUCUUCUACCUCCGCGCCCUCGUCAACGAGCUCUCCCUUCAAUCCGGCGCGGAAUACGUAAUCCACUUCCUCAUCCACGUCAAAGACAACGACCUCCAAAUCUGGGCGGACGACGCCACCUACCAACGCGUGCUUGACGACUCGCUGCCCGCCGAGUUCCGCGGGAUGGGCACGCUCUGGUCUGAGCGGCAGAUGGGCCUCAUCUACGGCGGCGUGCCGGAGAGCUUUUACCGUGACCUUCCCGUCCAUGGAGCAUACCGGAGCACCUUCAUGCCGGUGCAAUAUUUCGCCCAUCAGCACCCAGAGUAUGACUUUUUCUGGCAUUGGGAGAUGGAUGUACGCUAUACAGGGCAUUUCUACCACCUCUUCACGCAAGUCAGUGAAUGGGCGAAGCAGCAGCCGCGGAAGGGACUAUGGGAGCGGAAUGGCCGCUUCUAUGUCCCGUCCGAGCACGGCAGCUGGGACGACUUCAAACAAAUGGUUCGAGUACAGACCGAGCACGGCACAGCCAGCAAAUCGAGCAUCUACAACAAACUCGCCCAAGACGCCGCAUCCAGACACCCACUCGACGAAGCGUCCCGCAAACCCGAGCCACCCAUCUGGGGUCCCCUCCGCCCCACCGCCCCAGGCGACACAACCGUAGAUCCCGAUUCCGACCCCAAACCCCCAACCCCUUACGACCGCGACGACUACUCCUGGGGCGUAGGCGAGGAAGCAGACCUCAUUACCUUCAACCCCCUCUUCGACCCCCACCAAACCAACUGGCUGCUCGCCGAAGACGUGACCGGCUACAACACCACGGCCCCCAACCCCUUUCCCCCUCGUCGCGUAGCCAUAAUAACCGCCUCCCGCCUCUCCGCCCGCUUGCUAAACAGCAUGCACGCCGAAACCACGUUCCUCCGUCACACCAUGUUCUCCGAGAUGUACCCCGCCUCCAUCGCGCUGCACCAUGGCUACAAAGCCGUCUACGUCCCCCAUCCCGUCUACAUCGACCGUGCAUGGCCAACCUCAUACCUCGCCGCGAUAUUCAAUAACGGCCUCAAUGGCGCGAGUGGAGGGGCGAGGACGAGUGUGUUUAGUGAUGAGCGCCAGCAUAACUUUUUGGGCACGAGUUGGUAUUACCAUGCUGGGUUUGCGCCGAAUUUGUGGAAGAGGUGGUUGGGGUAUCGGGUUGAUGGGGGUGGGGGCGAGGUGGAGGAGGUGAGUGGGGAGGGGAGGAUGUGUGUUCCCGCGGUGCUGUUGCAUCCGGUGAAGGGGGUCGAUUUGGUUUAUGAGCAUCAAAUUGGGGAGUGA